AUGGCCUCCGGCUGCCGAGGGUACGUCCCCUACCUGUUUCCAGGGUGCUUCUCUGCGAGACACCCUCUGACAGGUCUCCUCCGCCGUGCCACCUUUUCCCAGGCAACCGGAUCAACUGGUGUCAUGGCGUCCCCCUUGCUGUGAGUUCCUGGCGGCCGCUACGAGAUAAUCAGGGAGUGUGGCGAUGGGGACUCGCGUGACCCAGGCGACGCCCCUGCACUUCACGGACAAGUCUCAGGCCGGCGUGGCUCGGCUGCUGGACGACCUGCACCGGCUCAUGGACGACCGGGACUCGGCGGACGUGGUCUUCCUGGUCGGACGAGAGGAGGUGCCCAUCUACGCCCACUGCCUCAUUCUGCGCGCCAGGUGUACCAACUUCCAAAACGUGAAACGGGGGGAGGUGUGCAAAGUGCCUGGAUCCACGGUGACACCAGCACCUCCUGGAAGCCCCACACCCAUUCGCCUGCCCCACGCCAAGCCAGAUGUCUUUCAGAGUGUCCUGCUCUAUGUUUACAUGGGAAAGAUACACUUACAAGACAGCACCGUAUUCGAAGCUCUCGCCCUUUCCCACGAGCUUGGCAUCGAAGAACUACGACAAAACUGCGAGGACCAUGUGACAAGCACGUUGUCGGUUCAUAAUGCAUGCACAUUCCUGGCAUCGGCCCUUGCUAUGGAGGACAGGGUCUCCAGCUCAGGUACCAAAGGUGGGAAAUCGUUUGUUGACCGGUGUACGGCAUAUGUGGGAGAAAAUGCCGUGGAGUGUGUGAAAACCAGUGCCUUCUUCAACCUGCCGAAGGAUGCCCUUAUUCAUUUGGUUUCAUCCGACUAUCUUGCAAUGGAAGAGGAAGAUGUCUGGCGUGCUGUUCUGUCCUGGGCAAAGCAUCAUGCUGGCGUAACCCAGCCAACUGCCCAUUGGACAGAAGAGGAAAGAGCCAGAAUUUGUCAGCAACUGCUGGGUGUCAUCAAUCACGUUCGCCUUCUGCUAAUUGACAGUCAAGUUUUCGCAGAAGAGGUCGAACCUACGGGUGCAGUGCCCAUGGAGUUGACCUUGGAGAGGUAUCGGUAUGCCGCACUGCCAAGCAAAUUUACUCACUUGGAGGAACGACACCUGCAGCCCAGGACCUCUUUGAGGUUCUUUCAAGGCUCGCAGCUCUUGACAGGCCACAAGCUGCGGUUGCAGCAGGUGCUCAACGCCUGGUACGGUAGCCCCAAGCAAGUUUGGAGAUUACUGUACCGGGCAUCGAAUCACGGCUACUCUGCCGAGUCUUUCCACCACAUGUGCGAUGGCCAUAGCCCGACCUUUGUUAUUGUUUUGGGCUCGCCAGGGCAGUUAUGUGGUGGUUUCAGCGACGUUCCCUGGGGAAAGACGGGUGGCCGCGGCCGCUACAUUCCCUCAGAAAAAGCAUUUUUGUUCACACUGAUCAAUAAUGCCGACAUGCCACCCACAAAGUUUGACAUCGUGAAAAAGAUGUUUGCCAUCUCGCACCACCCUGAGUACGGCCCAAUAUUCGGAGCGGGUGCGGACCUGAGCAUUGCGAACCACUGCAAUUCCAACAUGGAGAGCUACUCCAACCUGCCCCACUCUUACGAUGGCGAAGGAGCAUCGUGCACUCUCCUCAUGGGCGACUAUAACUUCUCUGUGCUCGACUAUGAGGUGUUCACCACUCUUGGAAAAUGAUAGACAGUGAAAAGAAAAACCCUGAACAGUUUCGUUGUACAUUAUGACGCUCACAAGACGUUGCCAUGCUCGUUUUACAAGUGGUUGGCAAUGCAGGGAAUACUCUAUGGCUUUUUCCAUGCUCGUUUAUUUGCCUUUACAAGUUGAAGAAAUAAACAUGUGCAGUAUUUUGUACAGUUGUUUAUAA